AUGCUGAAGCAGAGCGAGAGGCGGCGGUCGUGGGGCUACAGGCCCUGGAAUACUACAGAGAGCGGGGACGCGCCCCAGGCCGGGAGCAGCCAGCACCGCAGGAGCGUCUGCUCGGUGGGGGCCCGCUCCGGCUCCCUGGCCAGCAUCCCGCCGUGGACCGAGGGCAACUAUAACUACUACAUCGAGGAGGACGACGAUGGGGGGGAGGAGGACGAGCUGAAGGACGACCCAGGCGAGGAGGACGGGCGGCCAGAGGCCGCCCCCGGCGCGCAGCCCGACAGCCGCGCCGCCCCUGCCGCCGCGUCGUCCACCCUGAACGUGAACGUGGGCGGCCAGAGCUACCGGCUGGACUGCUGCGAGCUGGCCUGCUACCCCAAGACGCGCCUGGGCCGCCUGGCCACGUCCACCAGCCGCAGCCGCCAGCUGGGCCUGUGCGACGACUACGAGGAGCAGACGGACGAGUACUUCUUCGACCGCGACCCGGCCGUCUUCCAGCUCGUCUACAACUUCUACGCGUCGGGCGUGCUGCUGGUGCGCGACGAGCUGUGCCCGCGCUGCUUCCUGGAGGAGCUGGGCUACUGGGGCGUGCGGCUCAAGUACACGCCGCGCUGCUGCCGCAUCUGCUUCGAGGAGCGGCGCGACGAGCUCAGCGACCAGCUCAAGAUCCAGCGCGAGCUGCGCGCGCAGGCGCAGGCCGAGGAGGCCGAGGAGCUCUUCCGCGACAUGCGCUUCUACGGGCCGCAGCGCCGCCGCCUCUGGAACCUCCUGGAGAAGCCCUUCUCGUCCGUGGCCGCCAAGGCCAUCGGGGUGGCCUCCAGCCUCUUCGUGCUCGUGUCCGUCGUGGCGCUGGCGCUCAACACGGUGGAGGAGAUGCAGCACCGGGCGGCGCAGGGCGCGGGCGGCGGCGACCCGCGGCCCAUCCUGGAGCACGUGGAGAUGCUGUGCAUCGCCUUCUUCACGCUCGAGUUCCUGCUGCGCCUCGCCUCCACGCCCGACCUGCGGCGCUUCGCGCGCAGCGCCCUCAACCUGGUGGACCUGGUGGCCAUCCUGCCGCUCUACCUGCAGCUGCUGCUCGAGUGCCUCACGGGCGAGGACCAGGCGCGCAGCAAGGGCGCGCCGCGGGAGCACGAGCUGGAGACGGUGGGCCGCGUGGGCAAGGUGGGCCAGGUGCUGCGCGUCAUGCGCCUGAUGCGCGUCCUGCGCAUCCUCAAGCUGGCCCGCCACUCCACGGGCCUGCGCGCCUUCGGCUUCACGCUGCGCCAGUGCUACCAGCAGGUGGGCUGCCUCAUGCUUUUCAUCACCAUGGGCAUCUUCACCUUCUCGGCGGCCGUCUACUCCGUGGAGCACGAUGUGCCCAACACCAACUUCACCAGCAUCCCGCACGCCUGGUGGUGGGCCGCGGUGAGCAUCUCCACUGUGGGCUAUGGAGACAUGUACCCAGAGACCAUCCUGGGCAGGUUUUUUGCCUUCCUCUGCAUUGCAUUUGGGAUCAUCCUCAAUGGGAUGCCAAUUUCCAUCCUCUACAACAAAUUCUCCGAUUACUACAGUAAGCUCAAAGCCUAUGAGUACACUGCCAUGAGAAGGGAAAGGGGAAAAGUAGAGUUCCUGCAGAGAGCCAAAAAGAAGAUGGCAGCGUGUCUGGCUCGAACCCACCCACAGCCCACCCCAAGGCAAGAGAGUUGA